GUGUUUUACUAAUUCACAGACUGGGAUAAAUGCAGAGACCAAAUUUCACUCACGGGAUCAAAAAGAGUACUUAUACUUAGCUUAUUGUGUCAAGAGGAUUCAUUUAAACUGCCAUAUCUUACAUAGACAGUGUUGCAGAACUGUUUGGAUUUACAUACAAGUUGGUUCAAUAUUGCAAACAACUCAUCUAUUUUAUACUGUCCAUGUAAUACAAAUUGAGCUAUCAAUAAUAUAGGGUAUUUGGUUGAAGACAAGAAAAUUAACUUUAGCACUGUCUGGGAUUUACUUGAUAUAUGGUCAAUGUGUGCAUGCUGUCUAGAGUAUGGUGACUCAUUCUUAAUGAUCCAUCAUGUGUUUGUACAGACACAUCAUUAAUUGACUUCUUCAAAUCUGUUCAAUGUAUGUGCAUGCACCGAUAUGUUAUUUCAGAUAGAACUUUGCAGUCUGUCAGGUAGUCCUGAGUUAACAUGAGAUAAGUAUUGUGAACUCCAAUAAGUUAUCAAUGACCAUCUAACUUUUGUAAGUGCACUAAAAGAAAAAAAAAAGAAAAAAAAAAAGAAAAACAGGUUUCAGUUCCUUGUUCUUAGCCAAUAAAAAGGCCAUGUAUAUUAAACCAGAGUUGGUGCGUUAGUCUCCCAGAAUCGUGUCUGCUGUCAUGAUGCAACUCCUCCAGCUUCUCAAUAUUGUCUUGGUCAUGCUGUCUGUCUUCAAUCAAGGGUGCUUGUGUAUCUAAAGGGGACUGCAUGCGAGACAACAUCAUCGGUGGACAUGUGGCAAAACCUCACAGCCAUCCCUACAUGGUAUUAAUACCGUACGAAAGUCAGGGAAAUAUUUGGAGGGAAUGCGAUGGUUUCCUUGUGAGGGAGGAUUUUGUGAUGACAGCAGCGCACUGCAAAGGAAUGCGAAUGUUUGUUUUCCCUGGUGUCCACGACAAGUCAAAAUUAGACAAAAACCUACGAGUGGAAGCUACACCAUUUGUCCAUCCCAACUACACUUUAAACGAAAAUGAAGUGAAAAAUGACAUUAUGCUACUGAAGCUCAAGCAAAAUGUUACGCUUACCAACAAGGUGGGGCUGUUAGCACUUCCUGAGAAAAAAAAUGCCAUCCCAACAACAGACUGUCUGGUCUCAGGAUGGGGUUCAACGGUUUUUAACCACCCAAAAAACUCAGACUUGUUGAGAGAAGUUAAUGUUACCGUUAACACCUCUCUCAACUGUGACACCCCGGCAACAAUCUGUACCAGAGGAUCUAUAGGCCCUUUUCAGGGGGACUCUGGAGGCCCACUCGUUUGUGGUGAAGUUGCGUGUGGGGUGGUGUCUGCAUGCAAAUUUGACGGUGAAACCUACACCCACUACUACACUCGGAUUGCUCACUUCCGCCACUGGAUUGACAAGAUGAUGAAUACCAUCCAUUAAAACACCUAGCUGCAACAAUAUUUGAUAACAGAAUAAAUCAAUGUGGAACUAAUUUUCUGUAAAUCAACUGGUUAAAUCAGUCUCCUUUAACCCAAAGUUUUCAAUGUCUUAGGUCCCUGAAUUAUUCAUCAGAUGUCUUUUUCAAGCUAUAAGCUACAUAGUACAGCGGCUAAGGCCAGAUUUUUACCUGAAUCGCUCAGUUUUUGCAGAAAGCACGAAACUUGGUACAGUUAUAGUACUACCCCUAGUGAUCAAAAAUUGAAAUGGACCCCAACACAUAGCGCCCCCUAGUGGCUCAUAUCUUGACUUCAAAUAUGGCCACCAAAAUAUGCCCUUUUUUCUACAUUUAUAAUGCUAUGCAGCUUGUAACACAUAAUAUGACAUGUCUAUAGCCAUCUUUCAGCAUUAUGAAAUACAUUAUGUGACAAUCAUGCAUAAUUAAAAUGGCAGACAUGUUGGAUUUUAAGGAAGUAACCAUAAAUUCUGACACAGAGUCAAAAACUGUGGUGCAUUUAGGCUAUGUGUGAAGUUUUAACUGUGUGACUAAACCCUGCACUUGCCUGGGCUCAAUCCUUCUAAUUUGCCCCCUAGAGGCUGGCACGCUAGCAAGGAGCCUAAAACCCAUGGAUGCUAGCGUCUGUCAAGUCUCUUAAAGAAACAUAUGCUGCUUCGGUCACAGACAGAAAAGCAGUUUCAGUAGAAUGACUCUUGAAAACAGACUGCAUAGGGUCUAGCAGGUUGUUAUGAUAUAGUAAGUCCAAGACUGAUACAUAUUCCAUCUUUAUCCUUCUUGACUGAUUUUUCACUAGUUUCACAUUUGGCUUGAGUCAGUGUCACUACUGGUAGCAUAAGCCAGUACCUGGAGCCUACCAAGGUUGCACAGGUAGUCCAACUCCUCCAGUAUGGCACACCAAUACGUUCCAUUGCCAGACGGAUUGCUGUGUCUCCCAGAGCAGUCUCAAGAGCAUGGAGGAGAUUCCAGGAGACAGUUGCUCUAGGAGAGCUGGGCAGGAUGGUAGAGGGUCCCUAACCCAACAGCAGGACCUGUAUCUGCUCCUUUGUGCAACAAACAGUAGGAGCCCUGCCAGAGCGCUACAAAAUGACCUCUUCCAGGCCUCUGGUGUGAAUGUCUCUGACCACACUGUCAGAAACGGACUUUAUGAAGGUGGCCUGAGGGCCCAAUGGCCUCUGGAAGGACCUAUGCUCACUGCCCAGCACCGUGCAGCUCAAUUAGCAUUUGCCAUAGAAUACACAAUUGGCAGGUUCACCUCUGACACCCUGUGCUUUUCACAAAUGAGACCAAGUUCACCCUAAGCACAUGUGACGUCUGAAUAUGUCUUGGAGAAUGCAAUGCGGCCUGCAACAUCAUUCAGCAUGACUGGUUUGGUGGUGGGCCAGUGAUGGUCUGGGGAGGGAUAUCCUUGGAAAGACACAUUUUUUCACUUAGAUUUUUGGGGGGUCUUUGAAUUCAGUCCUCUGUGGAUUGGUAAUUUUCAUUCCCAAAUAACGAAGUGGCAUCCUUUCGUUCCUAACAUAUUACCCAGUCCAUAUCAGUUUAAAUCUUACCUCACAGGACGCUUGUUUAACGCAUCAUGGCAUGGACAGCUGUCCGCACCAUACCAUCUCACCACAGGGGUCCCCCAGGGCUCAGUACUGGGCCCCCUUCUCUUUGCUAUCCACACCACUUCUUUGGGAGAGCUUCUCAUACCACUG